GUUGGCUAUGAAAACCGACAGUAGAGAAUGAAACGAUAACUGAAAAGCAAAAUAAGAAGAAGAAGGAAGGAAAAAAAAAAAAAAAAAGCAAAAAUGGGCCCAUCUCCGUCUCUCUGACAUGCGUCAUCUUCUACCUUGGUCCUAGAUUCUCUCUUAUUUUCUGGAUCUCACCCAAACAACAAGCCUAUACCUUCAUAUUCAACCAGAUCCCAACCAAACCCACCUCAUCCAUCUCCAUCAAACUUUAUCAAUCUCUCUUCACUUGUAAAAUGUGUCAAAGAGUGGGAGAGUGAUGGCAGCAGCAGAAGCAAGAGCAGUAUGGCAGCGAGCAGCUAACCGUUGCUUUGUCCAAGAAGAUGCCAAAAGAGCUCCCAAGUUAGCUUGCUGCCAAUCAUCAUCUUCUACAUCCAAACAGGUUGAUGGUGGACCUACUAAUACAGGAGAUUGGCCAGAUCAUCCUGUUUUAGGUUUUGUGCCUAUUAACAGGAAUCCUUCAUUUUCCAAUCUACCCCCUGACACAAGAUGGUGGCUCCAAUUACAGCCCAGCUAUGGAUAUCAAAAGGGUUUAACACAGGAACAGUUAAAUGCAUUGGAGGCUGAAGUGGAAACCUUAAUAGCUGGCACUGUGAAUUCAACAACAGAGUGUACUGAGGUGCACCCGCAAAAAGGAGACAUUAUUCCUGAUGAUGAUCACAAGAACCAUGAGUCUCCUCUCAAUACACAUUGUGGUAUCUCUGCUGUUUAUACAAAUAAAGCUCCUGAAGUCAGAAAGCAAGAGGCAAAGGCUUUAUAUAGUAAGAAUGCUGAUGAACAUCUUGAAAUAAUGGACAUGGGGGGAAAAUAUGAAUUUAUGGAUAUGAAUCCUGUUGGUUGUCCAGUUUCCAAACAAGCCAAUGAAUUUUGUCUAGAUCCAGAAUCUCCAUGGAUUGGGGGUAAUAAGAAUGUGCCGUGGUGGCGAGCAACAGAUAAAGACGAAUUGGCUUCCUUCGUUGUUAAGAAGUCACUUAACCAUAUUGAGAAUUGUGAUCUUCCCCCACCUCAGAAAACGUAUCUUAGGAGACACCCAUAUGCUCAUAUUGGGUGCUUUGACCGUGAUGAAGCAUUGGCGUCAUUAGAUUGGAAGGCCCAAACUGGUAGUAUAUCCAAUGGGACUCAGGCACAAGGCUGUCCUGAUUUAACACAUGGAAAACAGGAGGCUUCUGCUGAGGAAGUUUAUUUAAAAUAUGGUUCUGACAACUCAUUCAGCAGUUAUAGUACAAGUCACAAGGAUAUCAAAGAGAUGCCACAAGUUUCUGAAGGUGACCCUGGUAAAGCUCAGCUGAUGGAAGCACUCCGCCACUCCCAAACACGUGCAAGGGAAGCUGAGAUGGCAGCAAAGCAGGCUUGUGCUGAGAAGGAGCAUAUUCUUAAGCUCUUCUUUAGACAAGCGUCACAACUUUUUGCUUAUAAGCAGUGGUUCCAACUGCUGCAGCUAGAAACCCUUUAUAUCCAGAUUAAGAAAGAUGACCAGUCAAUUCCCACUCUCUUCCCUGUGGUCCUUCCGCGGAUGUUUAACAGAGGUCAGAAACAGCGGAAGAGAUGGCAAAAGGGUACCAAGGGGAAAAGAGUCAAGCGAGGGCGACCAAGACAAGAUAUCUCUAAGUAUGCUGUUGCUUUUGCAUUGGGGCUGAGUCUUGUUGGUGCUGGUUUGCUCCUGGGAUGGACUGUAGGGUGGAUGUUACCUCCUUUCUAGUGUUCAGAGUUCCAAUCAAAAACCCGGUUCUUAAUUCCGAAGAUUGAUUUACUAGGGCAAGUAGCUGCUUUAUGUCGUCCUAGAUUCUUAGGUUGUCUAAUGUAAAUACUCUGUUGUUUCUUAACCUUGUACCUUGCGUGUAAAAGUGUGAUUAGAUACGUGUAUAUGUUGAAGGGAAAAUGUUCUGAGACAGACAUCUCAUCAAAGAUUUUCUUAAGAUAAUCUGUGUAUUCUGUUUAAUUUAUUAGCAACUUGAGGUAACAGAUUCUCUUGCACAUUUUGAA